GGCAGCAGAUUCACAUUCAGCAGGUUUGCUCUCUCCAGUAGUUGCAUCGCUCCGCGGGCAGCGCUGGCUCGCUCCGAUAUUUCAACCCGCUGUGGAUUGUGGGAGUUGAGGACACUGCCCAGGCUUGUUCCCGGAGAACCGGAGACAUUUUCCCCCGCUGUGUUUUAGCUCGACACUGGUAGCGCUCUCAGCACCAUGUCUAGCCGAGGAGGAAAGAAGAAGUCGACCAAGACGUCCCGGUCCACCAAGGCCGGGGUCAUCUUCCCUGUAGGACGCAUGCUGCGCUACAUCAAGAGGGGCCUGCCCAAAUAUCGCAUCGGGGUGGGAGCGCCUGUCUACCUGGCUGCUGUCCUGGAGUAUCUUACUGCUGAGAUCUUGGAGUUGGCAGGUAAUGCAGCCCGAGACAACAAGAAGGGCCGCGUCACACCACGACACAUCCUGCUGGCCAUCGCCAACGACGAGGAGUUGAAUCAGUUGCUGAAAGGUGUGACCAUCGCAGCAGGUGGAGUCCUGCCCAACAUCCAUCCAGAGCUGCUGGCUAAGAAGAGAGGAGCAAAGGGGAAACUGGAGAUUCCCGUCUCACCUGCUCCAGAGAAGAAGCCCAAGUCGGUUAAGAAAACAGCGGCUAAGAAAAUGGGUGGGAAAAAGGCAGGAGGGAAGGCCAAGAAGCAGGGAGAGGUGAGCAAGGCGGCGUCGGCAGACAGCACCACAGAGGGAUCUCCAGUUGACAGCUUCACUGUGCUUUCCACCAAGAGCCUCUUCCUGGGUCAAAAGCUCAACCUUAUCCACAGCGAGGUCAGUAACUUGGCUGGCUUUGACGUGGAGGGGGUCAUCAACCCCACCAAUGCAGAACUUGAACUUAAAGAUGAUCUAGGCUCUGCUCUGGAAAAGAAGGGCGGGAAAGAGUUCGCUGAAGCGUUGUCAGAGCUGAAGAAGAAGAACGGCCCCCUGGAGGUGGCUGGUGCUGUGUUGACUGCCGGCUUCGGUCUGCCUGCUAAGUACGUCAUCCACUGUAACAGCCCGGGCUGGGGCUCCGACAAGUGCGAGGAGUUGCUGGACAAAACAGUGAAGAACUGCCUGGCUCUGGCGGAUGAGAAGAAACUGAAGUCUGUGGCUUUCCCCUCCAUUGGAAGUGGGAGGAAUGGUUUCCCGAAGCAGACGGCAGCCCAGCUGAUCCUGAAGGCCAUCUCCAGCUACUUUGUGGCCACCAUGUCUUCCACCAUCAAGACCGUCUACUUUGUGCUGUUUGACAGCGAGAGCAUCGGGAUCUAUGUGCAGGAAAUGGCCAAACUGGAGACGAGCUAAGAGUUUGGAGUAUUUGCCUCCUCGUCCCAUUCUCCCCCCCAAACCCUGUUUUUUUCCUGCAAAGAAGUAGGAAGGUGUUUACUAGUGAUUUGUUUUAUUAUCAAGAGAAGAAGAAGAAUCUUUCUAAAGGCCGGGAACUUGUUUUUGCAUUAUGUUUGUAUUUUUCCUAUAUUGUUUUUAACUUCUUAUUUACUUGUCACCUCUGGCGUUUAAAUGUAAAAGUGCACUGUUCAUUCUGCAGUCUUUUAAUACAAACAGUGCCCUACAAAACAGAUUCAUCAAGUGAAAAAGACUUGCGUGAAGAUUUAAUUUUCACGGUGUAUACGGUAAAAGAUGUUACGAGAGAUAGCUUCACCUCAAUUACCAGGCUUCCAGAGAAGUCCGAUGAAUACGGGUUAAUGCAUGUAAUGGCAGUAAAGAUAAUAAAAACAGCUAUUCUCUUUCUUUUCAUCUCAAAAACACGAAAUUCAGCUUAUUUUUGGUAUCAGAUCUGCGUUUUGGAACGUCUCUGUUGUUAAAAGUACUGUAUAAUGAAAAGGUAAAGUUCAGUUUGUUCUACGUUGGUCUUCAGGAGACAUUAAUAACAGAACUAUGGAAUGAGUUUUUGUGUUGUGUGUUGCAAAUUCCUGUGUUUGCUUUUCUUUACACAGGCAAAAAAAAAAUUAGUUUCCUUGUGUGCUGCAGAGACCUUGAAUUUCCUAAAAAAAAAAACCUUUGAGGAAAAAAAAGAAAUUGUCAUGUAAACACCCCGUAUAUUAUAAACUUAUAAUCAUCAUCCUGGUACCAGCAUCAUUAGUUUAUACUGUAAAUUGAGCACCUGACGGUUGUCAUUUACAGUAAAAACAAAUCAAUUCAUGACAUUAAAUGGAAGAAUUGGAGGUUUUUGCAGGGCACGAAUGGUUUAUAUUGUGUGUUCCUAUCAAUGUUUAUAUAGAUGGAGUAUUUGUGAAAUGUUAUAGUAAAAUAUUGGACUGUAACAUAGAUUUUUAUUUUCUAUUUUAAUUGAUUCUACAGGUGGUUUGGAAGGAAAAAAAAAACUAGUGAGAGAGUUGUUUUUUGUGUGUUUUGUCUUUGUUAAGCCAUAAAACAAAUGUACUCAUUUUUCCUGGAAAUAGAAGCUCUCUGCUGUCGCUUUUGGUUUGCUCUUUCACGCAGCCGCCACUAGAUGGCUCCCUGUAAUCAAGAAUUGGAUUUUUUUAUCUCAGCCAUUUUCUGUGCAGCAGCAGGCCUCUCCACACAGGCUGUUUGAUUUGAGUUGGAUUUGAAUUGGGAUUGACGGACGUAUACAUAUAUAUAUGAGGAACGCGACUGCUCUGCUGCAUUUGGACUUUUCAAAAGCCUAACUUUCGUAUGAGAAAAAAAAAAGAAGUAAAAUGCUUUCUAAAGAAUUGCUACAAUUGAUGAUUCAAAAGGUCUGUACACACUCCGGUAAUAAAAUACCUUUAAAAACA